AAUGUUAAGAUCCUCAAAAAUCAUUUAUUCAAACUCACAUUUCAAAAAAAAAAUUAAUUUUACACCAUUAUCAUCACAACGUAAUUAUCAUAAUCAUCAACCACCUUUAGGUAACGAAGAAAUCCCUCAUAAACCUUACGGUGGUCGUCACAUUGUAACAAUGCUCCCCGGUGGAGGAAUCGGCCCCGAAUUAAUGAAUUACGUCGAAGACGUCGUUAAAUUUGUAAACGCCCCGAUUGAUUUCGAAAAAUGUGAAAUUAAAGACGGCCCCACUUUAGACGAGGAUCUAAGAAACGCUAUCAUAUCGAUUAAAAGAAACGGAGUUGGAAUUAAAGGAACGAUCGAGCCGAAUUUGAAUUCUUUAAAUUUUAAAAAUUCCAACGUCGAAAUCAGGAAUAAAUUAGAUUUGUUCGUUAAUUUAACGGUUUGCAAAUCUUAUCCGGGUAUCACGGCGAAAUACAAAAAUGUUGAUGUCGUUGUUGUUCGACAAAACACCGAGGGAGAAUACGCAAUGUUGGAGCAUGAAUGUAGAAAGGGUGUUAUUGAGAGUUUAAAAAUAAUUACGCAAAAGAAUACGAUGCGAGUUGCUAAAUUUGCGUUUGAUUUUGCAACGAGAUUUCGUAGAAGAAAAAUUACCGUUGUACAUAAAGCGAAUAUUAUGAAACUUUCCGAUGGGUUAUUUUUAAAAACAGUUAAAGAAGUUAGCAAAAGCUACCCUCACAUAAAAUGUAACGAUAUCAUCGUUGAUGCUACAACUAUGAAAAUAGUUUCGAAUCCCUACGAUUUCGAUAUGCUAAUAAUGCCAAAUUUAUAUGGAACUAUAAUAAAUAACGUUAUUUGUGGCAUAACGGGCGGUGCAGGUUUAACUUCCGGUUCAAAUUAUGGCUCGAAAUAUGCCAUUUUUGAACCAGCUUGUAGAACACUAGGAAAAACUUUGCAAAACAAAAACAUAGCAAAUCCAGUUGCUAUGUUAAACGCCACGGUCAGUUUAUUGUACCAUUUAAAACGCGAUAUUUACGCGAGAAUUAUCUCCGAAGCAAUUUAUAAGACAAUUUGUAUAGAUAAUCAAAGAACGAUGGAUAUUGGAGGUGAUUUGCAUACAAGUGAUAUGAUAGAUUAUUUAAAAGAAAAUAUUAGCUUGUUGUAUUGCGAAAAAUAUGCUGGAUAUCAAAAAUAA